AUGAUUUUAUCACCAGCUGAGAAACAGUACUUGUAUGACUCUCUUAGUCAUCCACAACUCAUUAGGCCAGAUUCACGAUCAACUCAUCAAUAUAGGCCAUUGGAGGCGACUACUUCUUUCUUGCCAGGAUCAAAUGGCUCGGCACGAAUAAGACUCUCAGAUGGUUCUGAGUGUAUAGUCAGUGUUAAAUCUAAAGUUGUCACUUACGAUGCACGAAUCAACCACAAUGCAGUAGAGUUGGACAUUGAUAUUGUGGGAUAUAGAGACGAUUCAAAUUACGUGGCCAAUUUGCGAUAUCAGCUAAGCAACCUCUUGCAACAAAAUUUCCCACACGACGUCUUGAAACUCACAUCACGAUAUGCGUUUAAAUUGUUUAUUGAUUGCAUUGUUAUUAGUCAUACUUCGUAUCCACUAAGCCUUAUUAGUUUCGCCACUUAUUUGGCUUUGAAGCUGACAAAAUUGCCGCUUUUAAUCAGUGAUGUUAAUGAUGAAGAAGUCGCCGAGUUACCAACAUUUUCAGACGAUUGGGACAAUGCCACAUCACUUUCGCAGAUUUUGCAGGAGAAACAAAUUGCCAGCGCAGAUUUUCAACCGCCAGUGCUAGUGACAAUUGGUGUUGUGGGCAACAACUUGAUAUUUGAUCCUUCUCUUGAGGAAGAGCAAGUCUUGGAAAAUAGUCUAAUUGUUGGUUUCUAUAACGGCAAGGUUAUAACACCUAUAUUAAAUGCAAAUUUCUCAAGCAACAACUACAAAGGGUUUGAUAAAAGUUUGAUGAUAAGAGCAUUAACUUUAAGUAACAAGUUUUGUCCAUACAUUAUUAAAGCUCUCGACACAUUGGUUGAGCAAGAAAGCUAUGAAACUGAAGGAUCUAUAUUUUAG